AUGUCACAUCUGAGGCCAACUUCAGAUCCUGAGAUAUGGAAGAAAGGACCAGUAUUUGGAAUGGCAGGGGUUCAUGCAGAUGGAAUGGAUGUUUUGAAGGUCAGGGAAGUCGCAAAGGAGGCAAUUGAAAGAGCCAGAAGAGGAGAUGGACCAACUUUGGUGGAAUGUGAGACCUAUAGAUUUAGAGGUCACUCAUUGGCUGAUCUUGAUGAGCUUAGUGAUCCUGCUGAGAAAGCACGCUAUGCUGCUAGGGAUCCGAUAUCUGCAUUGAAAAAAUACAUGAUUGAGAACAAAUUAGCAAAUGAACAAGAAUUAAAGAGCAUAGAGAAAAAGAUUGAUGAGGUCCUUGAUGAUGCUGUUGAGUAUUUAGAUGAGACAAUUAAAGGAAGGAGUUGGUCACAUCAACAUGAGCUUCACCGGUAA